CCCGACGUCUCCCAAGGCAAACGCCUAGGCCCUCUGCCUCGCCUCUUCUUCCAAAACUGGGCUCAGCCCGAGACUGUGUCCGUGUGAUCUUCCUGCGGGGCCGAAAGUGAUCACAAGAGUCCACACAGCUUUUCCCAGUCUCGCUGCGUGGCACUUUUCCGCACCCUCCCGGCGAUGUGCCAGAAUUCCCCUCGGACGACCGCCAAGGGCAGAAUCCCUGCCCUGUGACGCGACAAAAGCGCCCCGAGACAGUUGUGAAAUCGAGUGUAAAAUGUGAUAUUUGGCAGUGAUUCGCCAAGCUCUUUGAGACUCUCUAAAAUCGCUGUGUGAUGGUUCAAUGGCUGCUGUUUCUAAGGCGAAAAGUCGUGAGGUGAGGCUUGAUCUUCCUGAAAAAAGCCCCCAGAGAGUGAAUCGCCUGGCUAGAUGUGAAAAUGCCUGGAAAUGGCAUUGAGAGGCUGGAGACUAUUUGGUGUAGUUGGAACAAUUGUGGCUUACGUGGUUGGCAUUCUCCUGCUCUCGAUUCUCAGCAUUCAGAAUCACAGUCCUCAGCGCUUCACUUCGCGCGGUUUCGAGAGGCAGCUCAGCACACCACAUGGCAGGGAGCUGGGCACCCUCGGACGUCGCCAGCCGAUUCGAUGGUGUCGUGAGCUGCGAUAUCUGGAUGGACGUCUGCCACUUCCCGUUCGACCUCCGCGAAUGCUGCACACCUUUCCCGGCCAUCCGGCGCUGAUCAUCACCACUAAGCCACCGCCGCCGCCGCCGCUGCCGCCGGUCAGCUCGUCGAAUGAAGCUGCGCCGCACGGAAAAGUCGUGGCUCUGGCCUCCUUUCCGGGCAGCGGAAACACCUGGCUGCGGUAUCUGCUGCAACAGGCCACGGGCAUCCUCACGGGCAGUGUUUACAAAGACUACGGACUGAUGAAGUCAGGCUUCCCAGCGGAAAGUGUAAGAAAUUCCUCGGUGCUCGUUGUGAAGACCCACGAACAUGGGCCUAAAGUGUGGCAGAACUUCGAUAGGGCGAUUCUGCUGGUGCGCGAUCCGCAGAAGGCCAUCCUGGCGGAGUUCAAUCGCCAGAGUGGCGGCCACGUGGGCUUCGCCUCGCCAGAUCGCUACAAACGCACCAAAGGCAGAUAUUGGGAGCAAUUCGUGCGGAAGCAGCUGACGGCGUGGGAGCUGAUGAACCUGGGCUGGGGCAGGAACUUCACGGGACCACUCAAGGUUGUCCUGUACGAUGACUUGGUGGCUGACGUCGGUGGCACUCUUCGCAGUGUUCUGCACUUUCUCAACUGGCCAAUUGACGAGAACAUGUUUUCAUGCGCAAUGUCACGAAAGGAGGGCAUUUACCAGAGGAAGAAGCGCCUGAUGUCCUUCGAUCCAUUCACAGAGGAGAUGAAAGUUCAUCUCGAGGAGAAGCGCACGGAUGUCUUGUCAGCUCUUGGACGCCAAUGAGAGAUCUGAAGGGCCCAAAUCUUUGUUCCAAGCAUGAAAUUGUAAAUCAAAUCAUCAUCCGUGGUAUUUUGUAAACUGAAUGGUGAUUAUUUUAAUACCCACAUCGUGGAAUUAUUAUAUAUGAAAGUCCUCUGCAUUAGUUAAGGACAAUUAGGCGCGCAGAGGUGAGCGUUUCAUUUAGUAUUAUGAGUAUUAUGUAAAAUCGCAGAGGCGACGAAAAAGCGUAAGAUUGAGAAUAUAUAUAAUUGUUGAUACAAGGAGGUGUAGUUGUAGGGCCUAAAAGAAACAUAAACACACAUAUAUAUGACAAGAAUCUUCACCAUAUGAAGGACAUCGAUGUCUUCUUGCACUUAAUUGUAUUAUUUCACAUUUGUAUAGUCAGGAGAAUUUGGGAGGAUUUUACACAUGAGAGAGAAAUUUGAAACUUUGUACAGACGAAGAAGAAGGAAAAAAAAGUAUUGAAGGAAAAAUUGCACAUUUGUACUCUGAUAUAUAUAUAUAUUUCAUAUAUGAUAAGCGUAGGGCGCACAUUUAGUCUAAUAGAAUCACAGGAAGGAUCUAAUACGGGACAUAAAAAAUUGCUAAAUAUACAGAGUAUAAUCUUUGGUGUAAAUCGAAUGUAUUUACUUGAAUGUUAAAAGUCAGUGAUGGGCUAUAUAAAAGGUGCUUUUCUUUAACGUUAAAUCAUUCAGGGCUACAAAAUUUCACUUCGAUAGAAACACUCACUUUAUGCCAACGAAGCACUGUGAAAACGAUUUAGAUUUUAAAACACUAUAUAUUUAAAACUAUUUAGAGAAUGCUCAAUUUGGUAUUAUUUCGCUACUGCAUUCAAAAAAAAACCAAGAUUUCAACUCAAAUAAAUACGGUGUUAAUGUUGAUCAAAAUGAAGAAUAUUAUUAAAUCAAAGAACUAAUUUAUUCACAAAUACUCAAAGAGUUUGCGUUUAUGUCAAUAUGUUCCUUGAAACAAGUGGAAAUCUUGUGCUUUUUGAAUGUCUUUCGUGAAUUUCGUAUUAAUCAGUAUCUUCCAAUGCAAGCCUUUCUUCCAACUCCACUAUCUUUGAUAAACCAUCAGUGCCCAUCCUGAUUGUCGUAUAAUUGCAAAUAACCCUAAUUUUAGGAUCAAGCAAGAUGCUAAUUAGCCAAUAAAAAUUGCUGUCAGCAAAAGUCGUGAAUAUGUUAAAAA